UAAUUAUGAUGUUGAUUAUCCAUUAUUUCUUGAAUGGGUACUAUUUGAUAGAUUUGAAGAUAUAAAACAAAUUGGGGAAGGUGGAUUUGCUAAAGUAUAUUCUGCAACAUGGGUUGAUGGUCAAGCAAAAUAUGAAAGACAAGAUGAUGGAAUUUGGAAAAAAAAAGAAUCCAGCCCAAUGAAAGUUGCCUUGAAAAAGUUAAAUGAUUCACAGAAUAUAUCAGUUGAAUAUUUAAAUGAGCUUCAAAUACAUUGGGAUUAUUUUAAGAAAAAUAAUGAAUCAUUUUUAAAAUUUUAUGGAAUGACAAAAGAUCCAGUAACUAAAGAAUUUAUGAUGAUUAUUGAAUUUUCAGAAAAAGGAAAUUUAAGAAGUGUACUUUCAAAAGAUUUUAAUAAUAUUUUAUGGAAAGAUAAAAUUAUAUUUUUGCGUAAAUUAUCAUAUGAACUUAAUAAUUUUCAUAAAUUAGGAUAUUGUCAUAAGGAUUUACAUAGUGGUAAUGUAUUACAAAUUUAUCAUGGUGGAUAUAGGUCCAAUGUUUCUUAUAUUUCAGAUUUUGGAUUAUCAGGACCAUUGAAUAAACAACAAUCAGAUGGUAAAAUAUGUGGAGUGUUGCCAUAUGUUGCUCCAGAAGUAUUAAAUAAAGAGCCAUAUACAACAUCAUCUGAUAUUUAUAGUUUUGGUGUAAUUAUGGCAGAAUUAUCAUCUGGAAAACCACCCUUUCAUAAAAGAAAACAUGAUGCUAUGUUAGCAUUAAAAAUAUGUAAUGGACUCAGACCAGAAUUUGGAAAAGGAACUCCUGAAAUUUAUAAAAAAUUAGCUUAUAGAUGUAUGAAUGCUAAUCCAAAUCAAAGACCAAUAGCAAAGGAAUUAUUUGAUAUAUUGGCUUUUUGGUAUAGUUCCACACAUGAUAAUGAAAAUGAAAAUGAAAAUGAAUACUAUCAGGAAAAAGAAAAAUUUGGUUACAAAGGAAAAGAAAUUAAAGCCAUAUUUGAAGAAGCUGAUAAAGAGAUACCAAAUAUUUCAACUACAUAUGAAAAGAACCCUGAUGCCAUUUAUACUAGUAGAUUAUUUUCAUUUAACAAUUUGUCUAAACCCAUUAAUUCACCCAUCAUUACUUCAUAUCUAAAUGAGGAAGAUAAUAAAGGUAGCAUUUUCACAUCUUAUAUUAUCAAUAAUUGAUUAUACAAAUAGUUACUAAUGUAAUUCAUUAACAGAUUGUCAAGAUUCACAAUUACUUGAUUU